AUGCAGCCAGAAGGAGAAGAUGUCGGGAAGAGACAAGAAGUUUCAGAUGAAGAAGCUUGCGAGUUCCUCAAGUUUAUCCAACAGAGCAAAUACAAGGACGAAUUCAAGUGUGUAGAUGGGCUCAAGAAGAAUAAUCAGGGUUUGUCGUCCCUUUUGGAGAUUCCAGAGAAGAAGGACAUGUAUGGUCUAGGGUAUAAGCUUACCAAGGAGGAUAUAAAGAGGGUGAUGGAAUAA